GUAUUUCUGUUGAUGCUGUUAACUCUUUGGGCCAAACAGGACUUUUCAUUGCUGCAUUACUGGGUCUUACAAAAUUAGUUGAUAUUUUGGUGGAUUAUGGAUCAGACCCAAACCACCGCUGUUUUGAUGGGAGCACCCCUGUUCACGCAGCAGCAUUUUCAGGCAAUCAGUGGAUCCUCAGCAAACUGCUGGAUGCAGGAGGUGACUUGAGACUCCAUGAUGAGAAGGGCCAGGGCCCUCAGGCCUGGGCACUGACAGCAGGGAAGGAGUGCAGCCAGCAGAUCCUGGAGUUCGUGCAGCGCUGCACCUUGCACAUGCAGACCGUCAUCCAGGGCUUCUCCAGCGGGGACCUUCUGCGGAGGGUCGACUCCUCUCAGCAGCUCAUCUGCAGCCCACCCCGCUUCGGGGGCCUCAUGCCGGGAAACCCUCCUGGCUCUCCUAAACGAAUGGUUAAAGCUGGAAUCAUUUCUGCCCAAAACAUUUACAGUUUUGGCUUUGGGAAGUUUUACCUCACAGGCGGGAAGGAGCUGGUCUACCUCGGAUCUCUUCCCAUAGUUGGAGAAAAGGACGUGUUUCAGGCUGACGACGAGCCCACCUUCUCCUUCUUCAGUGGCCCCUAUAUGCUCAUGAGCAAUCUGGUGUGGAACGGGAGCCGGGUCACAGUGAAGGAGCUGAAUGUCCCUACCCACCCGCACUGCAGCAGGCUGCGACUGGCUGACCUGCUCAUCGCUGAGCAGGAACACAGCAGCAAGCUUCGGCACCCCUACCUGCUGCAGCUGAUGGCCGUGUGCCUGUCCCAGGACCUGGCGACCACCCGCCUGGUGUACCAGCGCAUCACGGUGGGCACCCUGUUCAGCGUCCUCCACGAGCGGCGGACCCAGUUCCCUCUGCUGCACAUGGAGGUGAUCGUGCACCUGCUGCUCCAGGUCUCUGACGCACUGAGGUACCUGCACACCCGCGGGUUUGUCCACCGCUCCCUCAGCUCCUACGCCGUCCACAUCAUCUCCCCGGGGGAAGCCAGGCUGACCAACCUGGAGUACAUGGUGGAAAGACAGGAUGGAGGUGCAUAUAAGGACCCAACUCGAGUGCCUCUCCCCACCCAGCUCUACAACUGGGCCGCCCCAGAGGUGAUCUUACAGAAGGCUGCCACGGUGAAGUCUGACAUCUACAGCUUUUCCAUGAUCAUACAGGAGAUUUUAACAGACAACAUACCUUGGAAUGGCUUAGAUGGCUCAGUUAUUAAAGAAACCAUAAUCUUGGGAAAUUAUUUGGAAGCUGAUGUCAGGCUUCCAGUGCCUUACUAUGAUAUUGUUAAGUCAGGCAUUCAGGUCAAGCAGAAAGACCGAACUAUGAAUCUUCAAGAUAUCCAGUAUAUUCUGAAGAAUGACUUAAAGGAUUUUAUUGGAGCCCGGAGAACUCAGCCAGCUGAGAGUCCCAGAGUACAGAGCUGUGAGCCCCAUUCUGAUGUUGGUGGCUACCUUGGAUUGACUUCAGAGCAUCCGAAAAUGUCCCCUCACCUGGAAAUAAAGGAGCUGAAGGAGACAGGCAGUCGGCUUCAUUCACCACAGGGCCCCUCUUCUCCCACCAAGAAAGCAGCACUAGACGUUCAAGCCCCAGCUCCAAGCCUGGUGGCCAAGGCGCCCCAGCACCACGGUGCUGCUUCUCCUGCGUCCUCUGCGGUGGGAGAGAGCAGGAGUGCUAGCACAGGCCAGGCAAGCCUUGACAGCUUUGAAAUGAACGAAGCCUACUCGGGCUGCCUGCAUGUGGGAGAUGACAAAGAGGGGCCCCCAGCAUCCGGUUCAUCUCUCGAGGAGGAUGGAACAACCGAGAUAGAUGAACUGAAGUCCAUGGAAGAAGCAUUAGACAAAAUGGAGCAAGAAGGCAGCUGUCUUCGCAGCGAGGAUGAGAGCUCCUUGGAAGUGGAGACAGAGCUUUCCUGUGAGCACUGGGACUGGAAAGACAGUUCUCUGAGUUUAUCCGAUAAGAGUGAGCCUUCCAGGGAAGCCACCCAUUCCAAGACUGAGGAAUAUUACAUGAGUAAGUGUGUGCUGAACUUGAAGUUUGCUCAGACAUUAAUGCAUCAGAACAAUGAUUUGCUGAAGAGUAUCGAACAGAAAAUGCACAACCUGGCAAUGAUGCAGGAGGAGCGCAGGUCUCUUUGGGCAACUAAAAGAGGGUUUGCAGACCUUGAUGGCAGGUUUUUAGCUGUGGGUCCCCCAACUCUGGACUAUGUCCCUCCUGUUAGUCUCUCCUCCUUGUCACGGUUAUGGGGCAAGCAACGAGACACUGAUUUUCAAACCCUGAGAAGAUCCCCGAGGAUAGUGCUGGACUUUAAAGGAGGACAUUUUGGCGAAAGAUCCAAGCCAAGAAGUGACAGUGACUGUGGCUGGAAGCCUUUCACCCCUGUCACCCAGGACUCCGAAGAAAGCUCUGAAGAUCAGUCACGAAAGAGCCAUCAGGAUACAACUGAACAAUUUCAGUACCCUCCUGGAGCCAAGGGCAGUUGGGACAGAAGCCAGAAUCCAGACACCAUCAGGAUCAAUACGGAACCUGUGCCUUCCAAAAUCUGUAAUCCAAAAUCAAGAAAUCAUGAAGAUGAAGAGGUACACUUAAAAUGGAAAAUGGAGGUGAAAGAAAUGGCAGAGAAAGCAGCUGCUGGACAGCUCACAGUUCCUCCCUGGCAUCCUCGGAGUAGCUUGGCUUCAGAGAGUGAGGCCGAAAAUGAGCCUGCUCCCCUGCCGCACACCCCCACUGGGGACCCUGAGACUGUGGAUUGGCAGCAAGCAUUGGAGGGUCCCAGGGAAAAUGACAGGCCAAGAGGGACAGGCAGGUGUGACACAGUGGACAGCAGGAAGGCUGAGCCGCAGAGCUUCACCUGUCCCAAGCAUGUGUCCCUCAGAAAGAAUGAGCAACCAGAACAUAGUGAACCCUUUCAAGCAAGUUCUUAUGCGUCUGUGGCCAUUGAGAAAUCUUAUAGUGAUCAGUCUGUGCCAUCAACUUGUUCACCAGAAUCUUCUGAGGACAUAACAGAUGAAUUUUUAACUCCAGACAAUGACUAUUUUUACUCCUUGACUGCUCAAGAAAACUUAGCUCUAGAGACCUCAAGUCCCAUAGGAGAGGCCUCAAGAGGAAUACAAGGCGCACUUGCUCAACCUCAAGUCUCUGAUGAGGAGAGGUUCCAGAUGACAGGGAGAAUUCCUGGGAAGAAGGAUGAAAUUUUGUCCCAAUCUCAGUUCCAGCCUACUCAAAGUGAUGGAGGUGAACAGGAAGACAUUUUGAAGGAACCACCAAAAGAACUGAAAGACAUAUCACUCACAGAUAUUCAAGACCUGUCCAGUAUCUCUUGUGAACGAGACAGCUCUUUUAAGGAAGCUUCUUGUAAAACACCCAAAAUAAACCACGCACCUAUGAGCGUCAGCACACCACUCAGCCCAGGGUCAAUGUCUUCAUCUGCCAAUCAGUACAAAGACUUUCUUGAGAGUACCACAUCUCAGGUUCAAACAGGAUCUGCCUCUUGCUUGGACAGUCAAGAGUUCAGUUACACUUCAUCUGAGAAGUUCAUUAGUGUCCGGGAGAAAGCGAGGAUGCUGGAUUCCCUUCUUGCUUCCUCUGAAACAUCCCCUUCAAGACUGACUGACCGUAAAAGAUUGUCUGCAUUUACUGGGCCUGCUUCCCUCAACACAGCUAAGGUGUCUGGCACCUCACCUGUAACCGAGAGAAGGAGCCUGCCCAAAGAAUUGGUAGACGCCAUCUCACAGCGUCACAUUGACGAGCUACCACCACCAGCUCAGGAGCUUCUUGACGAGAUUGAGUCCCUGAAGCAGCAGCAGGCCUCAGCUGCAGUCCCGGAUGAGAAUACAGCGAGUGACCCAGCCAGCUCUCCAAACGAUCAAAGACACUUAGAACAAGAAACUGACUGUAAAAGAGAAGAUAGUAUUCUUUGGACCAAAGAAAUUGAGAAUCUAGAAGAUACAGAAAGAGCUCACUCUACUCUCGAUGAGGACCUGGAAAGAUGGCUGCAGCCACCUGAGGAGAACAGGAGACCCCAGAACCUCCCACAGGACGCGGCAAGGGACCUGGAUGCCAAGGAUCAAGAGGUUGGUGAGACGAAGAGAAAAGAGGAAGAAAGUGUCAAGCCAGAGAGAAGCAAAUCAGACAGCUUUUUAGGUGCUUCUGAAGAAGAUGAACUAAAACCCUGUUUUUGGAAGCGGCUAGGUUGGUCUGAACCAUCCAGGAUAAUUGUGCUGGAUCAGAGCGACUUGUCAGACUGA